AAGUGCACUUAAAUAAAAAACCGGGAAGAAGAAGGUAGGGUCACUCCGAAGCAAACGCAGUCUUUUUCUACGAGGUGAAAGCUAGAAAACAUGGAAUACGAAGAUCACGCUUACACCAACGCCACGCAGGACAGAGCCAAUCUCGUGGAGUAUACAUAUAAACCGACUAAGAAAGAAAUAGAGGAAUUGGUGAAGCUGAGGGUUUCAAAUCAAUACCUCUUCUCUGGAAAGAGAAACAGUUCUAUUUUGGCAUGGAGGACUAUCCUUAAACACAUGGGAUUACAACACAAGAUGACUCAUAGUCAAGCCUCUAAAAAAUGGGAAAACAUGAAGAAGCGGUACAAGGAGUUAAAAUUUCCUCCAGAAGGGGUGAAAGUCUCCCCUGAAACGUGGUCCUAUUUCUCACUGAUGGAAGACGCCAUGGCAGGUCGACUGGAGGGCACCGCUCCCAUCCUCAAGGUCCUCCCCAGUUACGACAAGGGGGAUUUCUUGUCUAUCUCUAAACCCAAAAAGAGGAAGGUAUUCCCUGCUGCGGCUUUUGUUGUUGACGGGCCGGAGGUUGAGAUUUCCCUAAACGGAGCCGAGACCUUUGAGGAGGCAGCGGCGCAGGAGGGAAAGCGUGAAGAGGAGUGCAUCAGCACAGAGGUAGAACUGAACGAUGUGAGGAGUGGGAUGGACUGUGAAAGAUAUGUGAUGGAAAGGGAGAAGGAGGUGAUGAAGAGGGAGCAGCUGGUGCUGCAGAGGGAGAGGGCCGUGCUGGACAGAGAGAUGGCUCUCCUGGACCGAGACCGGGCCCUGCUGGAGAGGGAGAGGGCGACGCUGGAGAGAGAGAAGGCGCUGAUGGAGAAAGAGAGGGUGAUGGUGGAGAAGGACAAAGAUGCUGUGUGCCGGGAUCGGUUGGAUCUGGAGCGGGAGAAAAUCAGACUGGAGAGACUUUUUUAUCAGAAGGAAAGGACUGAGGAGGGGAAAGAUGCAGACGUAAUGGACAGAAAAGAGCGAUUUCUUCAUUUAUUUGAAAGGCUUAUUGAACAUUUUUAAGAAACUCUUCAAAGCCAUUUAAUGCUGUUAAGUUCUAAAAUCCUCUCGUACGUGGAAAAUACCUGCACCUCUGAGAUAACAAAUUUUCUGGGCGGUUUCCACCCUCACGCAUUUUGAAAAUCCACAUGUUCCUUGUCCAUGAGCCGUCAAUGAAAACGUUGAGCCACUCCUAGUUCGGAGAGGUCUUCAAAAUGACUUUAUUCACUUGUGGUUAUUCCAUACAGAGCACACAUUAGCACGCUGUUAGCAUUAUUCUUAACCCCGCCCACAUAAUCGACGCCCCUCCCUCCCAAAUCAAACAAUAGCCUUUAAGUUGAUCCACUCUAGACAGUAUUGGCUACUGUGCACUGUUAACAUGUCUUUUUGAAGUGUAAUAUACCAAAUAUUGCAGAUCAUGUAAAAAAAAUUAUUUUUUUUUCUCUUUUGUGAAUAUAUAUAUAUUACAGUAUAGACUUUACAACCAAUGAUGGUGUUUAAAUGCGUCUUUUAUUGCAUUAGAUACUCAAUUUACCCUUUAUUGAGCUCCAGCUUCAAUAAGUUUAUGCUAGCAUACAUUGCCAAAAGUGUUAGGUUCGUCAUUAAUAUUAAUAUUAUUAUCAUUUUUCUUUACAAAACAAACAUAUUUAAACAAUAUAUUACUGGUUGUUCUUUUUUUUUUGUCAGUCAUGAAAAGAUACUAAACAGAAACAUACAUGCCAUUUGAGGAUUUUUAAUAAACUGAUUUCUACGAA